AUGCGCCAGGUAUCGAACAGGUAACAACUAAAACUGGUUUAACUUUAAUGCAAGUUGCAUGGUUGAUGUGUCUUUAAACUAAAAUGGGGAUGUUGUUGAUGAUUGUAACAGUAAUUACUGUAUUUAUAAUUACAUCAGAUGCUUUCAAAGUAUUGGAGGAGUGUCAUAAUAUUGGUACUAAUAUUACAUGCCCAAAUGGUUACAGAGUCAACAUAACUAAUGGUUUUUAUGGAUUGAAGUCGACAAACUGUCAAGUCUUGGAACCCAAAUGUUGUAGCUUUCAGGAAAAAAGUAAUGAUAGACUAGCUGAAUAUUCAAACUCUGAUUUCAAGACGAUCUACAACCAAUGUAUGUACCAUCAAUCAUGUUUUGUAAACCUUACGUCAACAGACAACAGGAACAAUACCUGUUGUAAAAAUUAUUCACGAUUUGGAAGAAUUGAAUACGAAUGUGAGCCGGUUAAUAUUCUAGAUCUGUCCAACCAAACGAACCAGAUGAGAACAGGUGUUCCUAAUGUUAGUUUGGUGUAUGAUGAUGAAAGCUCGUCUUCAACUACGUAUUCACGGGAUCGAACCUGUUUGAUACAAUCAGAAGGUGAAAUCCGGGUCAGUGUUGUCGAUAUACUAUUGAAGUCACUUCAACCAAGGCACAGUUUAAACUUCUCCAAAACUAGCACACCUUCCUAUUCAAUAUGUAACAAAAGACUAUCGAUUAUUGACGGCGAAAAGCAACCAAGGUUGUGCAUGGGUAAUGGGAAUAAGACUGAAACAUAUCUUGGUAAAUAUCAAGGUCCAGUAGCCGUUCUAUUUAGAGAUAAUCAACCUGGCGAUAAAAUGAUAAUAGAUUUGUCAGCCGAAGGGAAACUGAAUAUAACGUGUAAUGUGGUAAUUUUCUCUGGUGGAAACCCCGCGGUUGAUAUGAUAGAUACAUCAGUGUUGUAUAUAAUCAUUGUGUCUGUGAUCGUGCUAGUCCUUCUGGUCAUGGUGGGUAUAGUCCUUGUUUGCUGUUGGUUCAGAAGACGUAAACAAAGACGGAAGAAAUGUUCUGAACAAGUAACCGCAACCAAUUCCACUAAUGCAUAUGAGUAUAUAGAUACAGAAUUGCCUGAUGGUGUUCGAAAGGGUUAUCUUUUAUUGCCCAAAAAGGACAAAUCUUUAACGCUACGUUUCGUUAAAACAGUCGCAAUGGAUAACUGUCCUGCAGGUUCCGAAGGUUCGUAUUGUCACAUCGUCAAACACCAUGAACCUUUUCACGAUCAAUCGCCGAUUCUUUCGGGUUAUAAACAUAUUUGCCAAAUUCAAACUCAACAAUCCGAUCACGACAGCAAACUGGACAAGGAUGUUUAUUGUGACCAACAAGCAGAGCCGCUAGAAGAAGAUACACCAGGUAGCUUCGAUAUCAAGAAAGACAUAUCCACAACGCUUCAAUUAAGACCGGGUGAAAAUAGUGAACUACUGAGGGAAAUUGCAAAUGAAUUUGGGAAUGAAUUAUCUGCAAUAAGCGAUGGGUUGUCAGAACCCAAACCGUCAGAUGUAGAUAACGAUUUUGAUCACUACGAACAACUUGGCCAAACCAAGUUCGUCAACCGCCCAGCUAUAUCUACUGAUGAAAAAGACACAUAUAAUCGUUUGGACAUCCAUAACCUAAACAAAAGUAAAAGUAGACAAUUAUGCGAUAAUUAUGAUCAUUUGGGUGCGUUUAAGGAGGACAUUAGUGAUCAAAAUGUGCAUUAUAACCGUCUUCAAUUUUAGCAUAAGGGUUGUCACAUUAUUCAGAGCUGGAGGCUUGUUACUAAUUUAGGGUAAAUGCUGGUUAAUAAUUUGGGGUAAAGAUGGUCACAUUAUUCAGAGCUGACAGAUUGUUACUAAUAUUUUUCGAGAAUUAUAAAAUACUUGUUAGUUUUAAUAAAUCAAAUGGUAGGUUAGCACCAGAUUAUCUUUUAAAUGGAACUUUGGUUGUGAUUUUGUAACGGAACUGCAACAGCAGAUCAAGAAUCAAAAGACUUUUAAUCAAUGUAAAUCCGCACUAAAGACGUUCCUGUUCCGAUAGUUUUACCCGUAGGGCCAUUACUUAAAGCGUUUUGAGCAUGUGUCAACAUGGAGAAGACGCUAUAUAAAGCCUCAUUAGUAUUAUUAUUAUUAAUAUGACAAAGAAGUCAAAAAAGCAACAGUGCCGCCAUAUGUCAAAACCUGCUGUGCAUUAUUAUAUAUUCCUCUGAAAAAAGAAGCUUUCGCUUAAAUGACACACUGGCUGGAAUGAGUCUUUUUUAACAUUUGCGUUCUGUCACACCCCAUUUGUCUUGUACGCUUUCUAUGUAGCAAAUGUCACAGAUCGGUUGCAAAUAAACUGUACAUAACAUAUAUCUCAUAGUAGUUUCAACAAAACAUCCUUUACCCAACAGUUUCUGUAUAACAUCUUAAGCAUAUCAGAGAUUUUAGUAAGCAAUUAAUGACCGAAUACCGAGUGUUGUUCUCCAGAUUGCAUAAAACCUAUCAUUAUCGGCAAUAGGGUAUUAAUUUACAUUUUACAUAUAAUCACAGGUAAAUUCAUUUUAUCAGAGCAAUUAAUAGAGGAUGCGAGCACCUUCCAUGGGAGUUAAAGUCACAUUUUCGCGGAAGUUAAUCUAUCAUAAGAAUAUUAUAUACUUU